AUGGUGGCAAAGCAGAAACGGCCUGUGCUUCCGCAGAAACCAGACACCACGAUGACAAAAAGCGAGCUGCCAGAUUUCAAGCCCAGGGCCUGCUUCCAAGAGAUCCAGGGGCCCAGCGUCAAAGGAUGGAUGAGCGCCAGCGAUCUCCAUCUGUGGCUUUCCUCGCAACCGCACCCGGUUGCAGGCUACAGACUGGAGGACGUCUUGUCUGCCAUCAGGCUUCGAGCUGGCUCCCUCGACAUCUUCCCAGAGGACUUUAUCCGAAUGACGACUCCAAACUUCCGUUCUGGGGCUUACUUGAAGGAGCUUGCUAUUUCCCGCACGUUUUUGCCGUACCUCUCCUACGAACGACCGCUGAAGCACGAGGUGGCAUAUCGACUGUGCCAGCUCUUCCUCUUGGAGUUGGACUUCAUGAGCCGCCUGCGCUUUCAUCAGAAGCGCAUGCGGCAGGUGGCCAUCUCCGGGAUUAACAUCGUGAAGUUCCUUGACAUGGAGGAAGGCUUCUGUGCAGGCAUGGGUGGCCUCCUGUCGGCUAUGGGAGUUCGCCACGUCCUCACGCAGGGCGUGGCGGGCUACACCCGCCCACUGGAGCCGAUGCUGUGCGAAGCCUUGAUGAAGCGCAUCAAUCCAACGGAUGCGGCCUUUUUUCCAGCCGACCACCUGGGUCGGCUGCUAGACAUGCCGCUACCAACAGCAACCCAGUAUUACACUUGGGCCGAUCGCAUGGACCGAAGCCCGCUGACUGACAGCUACCUCUACCGCUCUGCCAGCCCAACGCGCCUUUCCUUCGAGAGCUACCGCGAGACCAGCCCUUCGGGGCGCAUCCGGCCGGCCUCACCCAGAGCUAUGUCGCCCAGAGCUACGUCGCCCAGAGCUAUGUCGCCCACACUGCGCGGCAGUCGAUUCUUGGAGCCUGUGAGUCCCAUGAGCCCAGUGACGCCGCUGCCAGACUACUUGCUGCCGGACUCACGACCCCCACGGCACAGCGGAUCAAAAGACUGGGAUACCUGGUCACCCUCCCCAGCUCGGCGGCACUAUCUCUCGGAGCUGUCGACCCAGGACCCUGGCCUGUCCUUUGAAAGGAGCCUUGCGGACACCUACGUGUCGUCGCCUGCAGCUGUGAGGUCCUACUCCCCACGACCCCUCUCUGCAGGCCGAGGCCUUUCGUCUGCAGCAUCUCCCGGUGCAUCUCCAUCCUUGGGAUCUCCAUUUCCUCGCCGUUCUCUACACUUCCUGGACUCGCACGAACAGCGCGCUUUGCAACAGACACUUGUGGUGAUGGCGCGUCAAGCCAAGCUGGACUGGAUGGUGGAGGAUGCAAAGGCUUUGCUGCCCAGUUGCUGCACAGUGGAGGAGAUCUUCAAUGAGCUGGAUCUGAUGCGGAAUGGCUACAUCACACUACGAGACAUCCGCCGGUUCAUGGCAGGUUUCGGCUUCACGGCGAAGUAUGCCAGCUACACUUCCCUGGUCAGCGACCUCCAUCUGCGCCGAAAGAUCUUCCAUCAACACUCGGUACGAGGCUCUCUACUGCUUCCGGAGAGCCUGGACUUGCGCGACAUUGCCAUGCUCUGUCUGCCCUUCAAUGGUGAGGGUUGCAAGGCUGUCAUGGACUGCUCCAAUGAUGCGGAGGCUGCCUCAGUGUUGUACCUGCUGCGCAAGUCCGAGCCUUGCCCAACCUGCGGCACGCGCGCCCAGCGUGACGAAGAUGCUGCUGGCUGUCCGACUGUGACAUGCCCCGUCUGCAGGACCCAAUUCCAAUGCCGCCACGUGGAAGGGGACCGACCAGAGGUGAGCUACCCGUUGACUUCGAGCGCAAAGCACAGCCUUUACCGUCUCCUGGGCACCACAUUGGAGGCUGCAGAAGAACUGGACUUGGAUCGUCGAGAGCUUGCCACUGUGCUAUCCCAAGAGAUCUGUGGGCUGCACGACGUCUUCGGAGCAAUCGGACCUGGCACCGACAGCUUCACACAGUCAGACCUCCGACGCUGCUUUGCAGUCCAGGGGGUGCCUCUACCUCCUGGCGAGCAGUGGGAUCUGCUGUGGCGUCGAUAUGCCGCCCCGACUAGCAUCGGCGUGAACUUCUUGGACUUUAAGGGUCAGUUGGCGCCGAUGUUUUGA